AUGCUAAAAUAAAUUAACAUAUUCACUUUGUUUCUUUUAUAAAAAUAGGAGAAUCAGCUUAAUAAUAAAAGAAAUUUGAGUAAAACACCUAGAGAGGAAAAUUGGUUAAAAAUCAAAAGAAGAAAUCUUAAUUAAUUUUUAAAUAUACUAACAACUUUCUAUUUUUAAAUUAUUAUUUUUAACAAAUAAGAUAGCAAGCAAUAUAAACAGUAACUUUUAAAAAUUUUAAUAUAUUUUAUAAAUCAUCUAAAAUAACCAUUUUUUAUGCUAAAAUAAAUUAACAUAGUCACUUUGUUUCUUUAAAAUAAAUAUGAAAAUUAGCUUAAUAAUAAAAGAAAUUUGAGUAAAACGCCUAGGGAGGAAAAUUGGUUAAAAAUCAAGAAGAAAUCUUAAUUAAUUUUCAAAUAUGCUAACAACUUUCUAUUUUUAGAUUAUUAUUUUUAAUAGAUAAGAUAGCAAGCUAGCAAUCAAUAUAAACAGUAUCUUUUAAAAUUAUAUAUAUAUUUUAUAAAUAAUCCAAAAUAACCAUUUUUUAUGUUAAAAUAAACUAACAUAUUCACUUUGUUUCUUUUAUAAAAAUAGGAGAAUCAGCUUAAUAAUAAAAGAAAUUUGAGUAAAACGCCUAGAGAGGAAAAUUGGUUAAAAAUCAAGAAGAAAUCUUAAUUAAUUUUCAAAUAUACUAACAACUUUCUAUUUUUAACAGAUAAAUUAUAAGAUAGUAAUAUAAAAAGUAUCUUUUAAAAUUUAUAAUAUAUUUUAUAAAUCAUCCAAAAUAACCAUUUUCUUGUGAUAAAAUUUAUUAAAGUAGAUUUGUAUAAUGUCAAAUUUAUGAUUGAAUAAUUAUGA